UUCACAUGUUGUUUUGCCUUUCGAAUUUCGAUCCAUUGUUCAGGAAAUGAUGAAUAACUGCUAUAUUAAACCCUUUAAACUAUUGAAUCUAUUUUAACAGUAAAUUAGCUGAGUAAACUUUCGGAAUAUCUUUCACUGAAACAAUGGAAACGUCAAGUUUCAGUGAUAAAGUCGAGAUUUAUUUCUCGGAACUUGGGCGAUGGAAAGUGUGGAGGAGCAUACUGCUUGGUCAAGUGUUAUCCUUAUUUCUGAGCGGCAAAUGUAUAUUAACAACAAUGUUACAAAGCGCAACCUGGCAGUUUCCUAUCACGGGGCAGCUGGUCGUGCCGUAUUUAGUACUGUUUGUACUCUUUACCCCGAGCCUACUUUGUACCGGGCUGGAGAAGCUAACGAAAAGAUGGUGGGUACUCAUCAUUGCCUGUGUUCUUGACGUGGAAGCUGGCUGGCUGCUAGUCAUGUCACAGAGGUUUACAUCAGUGUUGAGCUGACAGCUGUUA